AUGGGACGAUGGCCCAAAGCUUCCGCGGGUGAUGAUGACACCGAAGGAGAGCCAGAAAAUUCACGUUCUCUGUUGAUUCGCAAAUUGGAGGCAAUCAUUUCUAUCUACAAGGGCAAUCGUCUCUCCUCCAUGUACUCUGCUGAUAACGAGCACGCAUUAAGAAACAGCGUGCUCAUGGAAGAAGAGGAAACUCUGGAACUGGCUAAAAGCUUUAUUGAAUUGACAGAAGGUAUCGAAUCGCUGGGGAAAGACGCUGCGAAGAAGAUGCUACAAUCUCGGUCGACUCCCGUUUCUUUAGCUCGAGAGACGCCUCAAGCCCUGAAGCAAGCAUUCGGCGCGCUGCACGAUUUCCGGAUGGCAAUCGAUCUCAUCAAACGAAGAAUGGACUCGGACGCUGGAAAGUUCCACGACGCGAGUUUAUUUCGCCAAAUAGAAGAAGCUGUGCAAAAGAAAAGGGUGGAGCUCGUGGUCAUGAUCAAUGGAUUUGUGAAAGAGCGCUACGGAAACCUCGAAGCAGAAAAGGCGGAUCGAGCAGUAGGACAAAGACGAGUCCGACGCAUGAUACAAGAGAAAUGUCUGACGGCAAAACCAAAAAGCGUUCCUUGGUCCAGCAAAUUGAACGCGAUCAUUUCUGUCUACGGGCGCGGCAAUACUAGUACCUUGGAAGACAUGGAGACUAUAGCACUGGCACGGGGGUUCCUUGAUGCACUAGGAGACAUCGCAUCGUUAAACGAGAAGUUGUUAAUCCAACAAGAGCAUGAUAGAGAGAGAGUUGUUCGGGAGAAGCAGAAAUUGCGGAGGCGGAGAGUGGUGCAGCAACUUGAGAAGGACAUGGAGGCCAUGAAGAAACAGAAGGAAAAAGAUCAACUUCUCCAGCAAGUAACAGAAGGAAACUUGUUGUGUGCUGCUGGAGAAGUUGAUGCGGAUCAUACAAGCUUUACUUCUGCACGGACUACAGUGAAGCAGCUCGUUCAUAUGAUCGCUGGGUUUUGCGCCCCGCGAACAACGGACGAAGAGUUCCGGCAGAUAUGGAAGAUGUCUCAAGCCUUCUCUUUUGGAGGAGUCGUUGAAGAAGAAGAUAAUUCUAAUUCAACUUCAGAUCUGGUAUUAGCCUUACGCCGCGAAUUAGAGGCGAUCAUUUCUAUGAACCACGAAGACGAAGAGGGGGAAACUGAAGCGCUGGAAGAAGGAGAAACUAAAGCACUGGCCGAGACGUUUCUCCGUUUGCUAGAAGAUAUUCCGAGUAUUGAUCACUGGCUGAAGACCUGUGAAAAAGCGAAUAAAUAAUUGCCAUCAAAGCCGAAUUAUAGAGUAAUUACCUCGAUUACGUAACUGUUCUACUUUCAUUUAACUGUACUAGAUACACCACUAAAUAAGAUUAUUUGAUUUGAAGAGACAAGUAGGGGAGAGGGAGUACAGUCAGAAUGAGAAAAUCUUAGAAGAAGAGUAGGAAGUCGAGAAUGUAUUAUUAUGGGGAAUCACAGAAAAGAAUAAGGUACUACAGACACAUGCGAAAAAAGAAAGAAGAAGGUGCAUUUACAUGAGUGGGUGAAAUAGUACUGCUCUUAUCAAAGGAUAUCGAAAUCUUAAAACUCUAAACCUGUAAUGGAAGAUGGAUUACUAGUACUCGGAAAGUUUGUUGAGUUAUUGCAGAGACAAAUGGCAUGACAAGAAUUCUACAUAUACGUGAUCAGAAGAAGUAGAAAGUUUGAUAACUUGCAUGCAAAUUAAACAGGUAGGAGAAAUUGACAAGACAAAGCAGCUGCU